GCUUGAGGUCGGAUCAGUUCCUCGUUGGAUCCCAGGUCGAACGUGUAAUGCACGCUCGACGGUGAAGAGACGAAGCAAGCCAAGAACACAAGAAGCAAAGGAAAAAAGAGCACAACAUCGAAGGGAAGAUAAAGAAGAAUAAGAAAUCGAAGAUCCAAAAAGAAGAGAGAAGAAAUCGCAAGGCCCAAAAGAAGAGAAUAGAAGAAUAUACAUCAAGAAAAGGGGAAACAGAAGAAUAGACCAAGAUAAAAGAUAGAGCAGCAAAAGCGAGAAAAAUAUAACUCAGGGCCGGCCACCGACCGCCGAGAUGGACAGCGGCGAACAGCGUCGCGUGACGGUGCUCGAGCGCUGCCUGGGCUCCCUCGCCGCCGUCAGGCCCGCGCCUCCUCCGCAGCAGGAAAAGGUCGAAGCCUCCAACUUCAGCGAGCGCCUUCAGCUGAACUACUGCCCCACCAAACGCUCGGAGGUCCUGCGCUCCCUCCGGCCCCAGGAAGAGCCCGCCUUCGCCGCGGCCCGGGGGGAAGGGGAGGCGGCCGUCGAGAUCCACUGGACGCCGGCCUUCGGGAGGUAUCUGGUGGCCGCGCGGGACAUCGCAGCGGGGGAGGUGGUGUUCCGCGAGGCGCCCCUGGUGGUGGGGCCCAAGGCAGGGGCCGGGCCCACCUGCCUGGCGUGUCUGAAGGCGCUGCCGGAGGACACGUGGGAAGGCUGUGAGCAGUGCGGAGCCCCGCUCUGCCGCCCGCAGUGUGGCGGGAGAGGACACGGCGAGAGGGAGUGCGAACUGCUUGCUCUUCUCGGCCUGAAACACGAACCUCGGAACACCAGCCGCGUCAAGCAGCUGAACGCCCUCCUGGCGCCCCUCAGGGUACUUCUGCUGAUGGAGCGGUCGCCGGCGGCGAAGGCCAUCGUGGACGCGCUGCAGAGCCACGUGGAGGAGCGCCGCGGCCUCCCGAUCGGCCGCUUCGUCGAGACGCACGUGGUGGCGGUGCUGCGGGAGCGGCUGCGAUUGGCGUUCGCGGCGGAGGAGAUCCGGCGCGCGUGCGGCGUGUGCGACACCAACAGCUACCAGGUGAGCGCGGGCGAGGACCGGGUGGGGCGCGCGCUGUUCGCGGCGGCGUCGCUCAUGAACCACUCGUGCACGGCCAACACGCAGCACUGGUACCACGACGACGUCAUGAGCGUGCGCGCCGUGGUGGACAUCCCCGAGGGCGCGCCGGUCACGUACGCUUACACCAACGUCCUGUGGGGCACCCGCGCCCGCGCCACCCACCUGGCCACCGCCAAGCUCUUCACGUGCGGGUGCGAGCGCUGCCUCGACCCCACGGAGCUGGGUUCGCACAUCAGCUCCGUCAAGUGCCGCGAAUGCCCCCAGGGCCUUCUGCUGCCUCCGGCGGCCGCCAGCGCCCCUUGGCAGUGCCGGGCGUGCGGCGCCAGCGUAUCUGCAAUCGCCAUAGAGACUUUGGUGCGUGCCGGGGGAGCCGCCCUGGGCCGCCUGCAGCCAGAGGACGCCCGAUCCGUCGCGGCCGCCCACGCCCACCUCACGCGCAUCCUGGGCGACACGCACUACGUUGUGGUCGAGGUCAAGCGCGCUCUCGUGCGUGCCAUCAUGGCGACGCCGCUCGCAGAUAUAACCCAGGCUGACCUUGAAAGGGUGUUGGAUUUGACCUCAGAACUGCUCCGCCUUGCUGAUCGGCUACAGCCUGGACUUACCAAAAUCAGAGGACUGUUACUGCUAGAGCGAUCUCGUGCCCUGGUGGAACUCCUGUGGCGCUGCAACACGGGGGCGGAAGGUGAUGCUGCAACUCACUUGGAGACUUUGAUUUGCAACAUUCCCGGUUGCGCAACUCUUUUACAGAACCUGACGGAGGAUCUAGCCAAAUGCGAGGCCAUUCUUCUCUACGAUUCUCGGUUUUCAGGUGUUAAGGAAGUAAAGCAACGUUUGGAAACGUUGAAACUGACGAUAAAAACCAGUCUCUUGUCGAAAGAGAUGGGGAAAAUUGACUUCACUGAUAUGAAAACGGGAGAUUCGCCCAGACAUGUGUCCAUAGGAGGGAACUAACGGAAAUGUUAACCGUCGUUUUGAUGUCUAUAAUUAUAUUUUCUUGUACGCCAUCCAUUCACACUUUGUGUUAAGUUGUUUUAAUUUUUUGACAGAUGCAUACAUAGAUUGCAUACUGUAGCACCACAGGAUAUAUUAAAAAAGCGGGAAAGGCUGUUUUGAAUGCAGAACCUGUCAGUUAACUUUACCGUUUUAAGGUGAUGUGUUAUGUGUAAUGCCUGAGGUAAUUAGGGUAAUUUCAACGUGGAAUUCAAUUAUUUAAAUUUCUAAGCUCUGAUCAUAAAACUGUAUUAAGCUAAUGUAAAUGAUUUCCAUAGCGUUCUCAUUUUAGCAAGAACGUCUUUUAUUUUGUUUUCCUUGUAAAUCUAAGAAACUUAGCUUGCUGAAGGAACUGACAGUGGAAGUGGAUUGUAGAAUUGCAAGAAAUAAAUACACUUUCUUUAUCUAACCUAACUGAGCAAGCAUUAUAACUAUCUAUUUAUCUGUCCGCCUGUAUGUCUAUCUCUAUAUAUACAUCUACUUAUCUCUCUCUAUCUUAGCAUAUAUAGAUUGAAUGAAAAUACAAAACUCAAAUUGAAAUACAGUGGAUACGAGUAGAAUAAAUAGAAGAGAUGAGUACUGAAUUGACACUUUUGUAUAAUUCCCAUAUUUUCUAUAGUUUGCAAUGUAUAUUGCUUCUAAAUAGAUUGAAUAGUACGUUGACGAUGUUUCAUUAUCUACUCUGAAUAUGAACCAGGGCUAGUUUUAGAUGAGCUCCCCCCUCAAAAAAAAAAAAAAAAAAAAAAAAAUCUCACGAGAAGAAAAUAUAUGUUUUAGAUUAAACAAUUUAAGCAAAGCCGAAGAUAUUCGUUUGAAAUUCCACUAUGCUACAACGAAGAUUUUUGCGACAUAGGAUAUUUGCUGUCAAUUGCAACAUUUGUUGACGGGUGUUCUCACAAAAUGGGGUCCACCUUAACAGAUUUAAAACAAAAAAAUUUAGUUUUUUUAUUUUUGCUAUAUAGUUGGGCAUAUUUUCUAAAAGAGUUGUUCUUCAUUGACGAUUGUGUUGCAAAAUGUGAAUAAAAUUUACUUCCAA